CACUUCGUUGCGUGUGCGUGUGUGUGCUGAAUGUAAUUCUCUACUUGUGCGAGAAGUUCACUACGAUUUUCUGUUUUUUCUGUUAUUUAAACAAUUAAUUGUACCAUAUGCCACUAGUAUCCCGUACUCCGAAUCGAUGUAACUUUGAAGAAAGUUUCUGCCGCGUAUGCACAUUCCACUACAGCAGUCAGUAGAAGAUGAGAAAGACGCGGCAAGCCGCUGAAUUUUCAGAGCUCAAGGAACUGGUACAUCAACUACGAGUCUGCGAUUUACAACAGUUGCUUGGCGAAAAUAACAUUAGCCGAAGUGGUCGAAAAUCUGAUCUAGUUGAUCGCGUGCUGAGCUUAGUUCGACAAAACGUUGCCGUACUGAAGCAUCGUGUUCGUGAGCUUCAUCGAAAGGCUCAGCAAGAGACGCAAGAACUUCUCACUUCGUCAAAUAAUCCAGCUGGCAGUACAGUGAACCAGUCCUUACUGCCACAGGUUGUGUUGCAGUCCGUCGAGAGUAACGCCCUAGCGGUUCAGUCGCUUCUCGCUUCGGGUGGACAUCUUAAUAUCAGCAGUGGUAUUGGCGGUAUCGGCAAUAACGGUACCGUCGUGACUAACGCCAGCAAUAACAACGUUCACAGUGUCAAUAACGCGCGUACGGCAGCGGGAAUGUACCAGCAACAGUACGCGAAUGCCGUGCAAAGUGACAACCGGGUCGGACAGCCGGUGCACGCCAACGGCAUCGGUGUACCGGGCUACACCGAUUACCCGAUAUACCCUGACGUACAACUGAAAAAGCUGGCCUUUUUCGAUGUUAUGGCAACACUGCUGAAACCGGCUACUUUGGUUCCUAGCAACACAACACAGCGUGUGCAAGAAGGUUCCUUUUACUUCCAUCUAACACCCCAACAGGCGAAUGAAAUCGCUCUCAACCGCGACAUCAGCAAUCCUAACAAGAUGGAGCAUAUUGUGCAGGUACAGCUUCGAUUUUGUCUGCUAGAAACAACGUGCGAGCAGGAGGAUUAUUUUCCGCCCAACAUAGUAGUGAAAGUGAACAACAAGCUGUGUCCAUUGCCGAAUCCCAUACCCACAAACAAACCCGGCGUAGAACCAAAGAGACCUCCGCGACCGGUGAACAUUACGCCGCAAGUGAAGCUUUCUCCGACUGUCGCGAAUCACAUUGCCGUUUCCUGGUGCACCGAGUACAAUCGCGGAUAUGCUGCAUCCUGCUACUUGGUCCGCAAACUGUCGUCAGCACAACUCCUUCAAAGGCUGAAAACAAAAGGUGUAAAAGCGGCAGAUUACACACGAGCAUUAAUCAAAGAAAAACUGAAGGAAGAUGCUGAUUGUGAAAUUGCUACAACGAUGUUGAAAGUAUCGUUAAUUUGUCCGCUGGGAAAGAUGCGCAUGAGUACCCCUUGCCGUUCAUCAACCUGCUCCCACUUGCAGUGCUUUGAUGCGUCGUUGUAUCUUCAGAUGAACGAACGCAAACCGACAUGGAACUGUCCGGUUUGUGACAAACCGGCUGUAUACAACAAUCUAGUAAUUGACGGGUACUUCCAAGAGGUUCUGGCUUCACAUAAGCUUUCGAGCGAAGAUACAGAAAUUCAGCUGCACAAUGACGGUUCAUGGAGUACACGCGUCAAACAAAACGAUUCUGACGAUGGGUCGCCUAGUAAAGUUGUGCAAAAGGUCGAAGUUAUAUCAGACGAUGUUGAAGUAAUAACCACGGAUCCUCCAAAACCGAGUAUUGUUUCGCAGACUUCAGUCAUCUCAACUAACGAACCAACUUCUACUACUACCUCCAGUGAAACGGUUGAUUUGACUCUGAGUGACUCUGAUGACGAAGUUCCUUCAAAGCGGAAGAAAACCAAUAACCGCACAAAUGGAGCGGGCAGUUCGAACAAUCCAACAACGUCCGCUUCCUCCACAUCUGCUGCAUCUGCUGGAAGCUCGUCGGCUAGUGCGGCAACAGUGGUAACUCGUUCCAAAAUUAACGAAGAUCCUUCAUCGUCAGUAAUAUCGCUCGAUUCCCCAUCGCCACCAUCGACACCUAACCCAACGCACAAUGGAAGUAACGAUGUGUCUUCGACUACCACACCUUCGUUGGCGGCAGCAUACCACUAUCAUCAUCAGCAAGAAUCUCCUGGUGGAAACGGCGGGUCUGGCGAACAAAUGAGCAAUUUCCAAAUCAAUCCGCUAGCGCUACAUCGAUAAGCCAUCAUGAGAAAUAAUGCCCGUCCCUCCAAAAAAGCUAUCGGCCAGAAAGCAGCAACUAUACUUUCCAUGAAACAAAUAAUGAUUUAUUUUUAGAUAACGUGUUCUAAGACACAACAUCAAAGUUAAAUCGUCAGUGCAUAUGUUAUAUGCAGCACACGUCGUCCUCCUUUCAGGUUUAACUCUCAAUUUAUACAAAUUUGUCGGUUUUACGUUGAAGGACCUCCAUAUAGGAAAGAAUAAUUAGCUGAGAUUGGAUUGGAGAACAUUGGCUUUGCAAUUAAGUCAUUAACAUCAAGUCCGCAUUUGAAAUCCCUAUCAAUUUUCGGCAAAAGUUUAUUUGCUUUAUUAUGUUAAGAUUUUUGUGCUUUACCCUAUAUUUGUAUGAAGGCAAAUCAGCAAAUUAGACUUUUCAAGUACAAGUCGUUAGAAUGAAAAUAUCAAUGAAAACGGAUGCAGUAAACAUUAGUUAGAAAGACUUGUUAUGAAUAUAUUAAAAUGAUUGAAAACAUAGGAUUCCCUAGUCCGGUGGUGUUGACAAAUUGUGCAUGAAAGGUGAGGGAAGAAACGCUUCUUUACGAAGAAUGACUUUGUACAAAAAUAAACAUUUUGUUCGUUUGGAUCAACGCGCUAUUUCUUAUUGGUAAAUUAUUUCGUAAAGGAAGGGAACUGAUCAUAAACUGAAGUAAUUUCAUGCAAAUGUGUAACUUACGCACCAUUUAGAACGUAGUAAGGCGAUAGGUUUAACUGUACGAAGAUUUUUAAUUUAUGUAACUUUUUUUCUAUGAAGAAAUAGCUGACCUAUGCUCUAUGUAAAUGCUCCUACCGAACUAAAUGUAUCAUAUACGACUUCAGUAUCUUGGGCAAGUAUCAGUAACUCCGUAUGCGAGAGCAGAAGCUGUCGUUUAUAUACAUUGCCAUUGGAAUUUACGCGACAUAUUUCGUAUGGAGUGCGACUCUCUAACUUUUUUUAUUGUUUUAGUUUUUGUUCUGAAAUGUUUAGAUGUAUAGUGUAAAAUUAAUAAAAUAUAUGCAUUCAAUGGGAAUGGAA